AGGUCAUCAGUGUUCUGUUUCCAGGGCGGUGCAGUUGGCGGGUGAAAAGCGCCAAGUCAAAAAUACUGACUAGGAAUAGACUAACCCGUGUAGUUCGUCUGAUGAAAGUGAGCGCCUCUCAGUAUUAGAGAGGCCUCACAUUUUUACUAACAGUUUACCGCCUCAGUGAAAGACUCGUUUGGUUUGUGAAAUAAUAUGGAGGAACUCUUCAGCAAAGUGUUAGCAGUGAGCGUGAGGUGCAGGGACUGUGAGGACAGGAAAGCAAACAUCCGUGUCACCAUUGAGCUUCAGUUGACAACAAGUCCAGUGCACAAACGGGAUCUUCUAGUAAGACUAACAGAUGAUAUAGAUCCAUAUUUUCUCUUCAACCUCUCUAUAUCAGAAGAAGAUUUCCAAAGUUUGAAAGUUCAGCAGGGGCUGUUGAUAGACUUUGCAUCAUUUCCUCAGAAGUUUAUUGACCUGCUUAAUCUGUGCUAUUCUGAGCAAGAAUCAGACAAUCCAAGGUUUCUCCUGCACUUGUCAUGUCAGUCUCCAGUGCUCGAAGGCCCCGCCAGCUUCAGUGUUGUAGAGACAAACGCAUUCAAACACCUGAACCACUUGUCUUUGCGGCUUGCUCAAGGCUCUGACAAACAUGUUAGAGACUAUCUGGCAGUGUGUCUCUCCUCUUUGAAGGCAGAGAAGCAGGCCCUGGAGAUGAAGCUUAAGAAGACUGAAGAUGAUCUGUCCAGGCAGCUGAGUUAUGCUCAACAGACUCUGUCUGAGAAGACUAAGGAGUUGGACAAACUGCGUUCAGAGUGGACAAGUCAGAGCAGCUCUCUGUCCAGCCGUCAUUCUCAGGAGUUACAAUCUGAGAGAGAGAAGGCUGUAGAGUUACAGAGCAGGCUCCAGCAGCAGACUGAGCACCUCCGCCAGGAGCUGGAGAGUGCUCAUAAGAGGAGCAGCCAGCAGCUUCAGAGCAGACUGACGGAGCUCGAGGUCUCCUGCAGAGAGCUGACGGAGAGGAAAUACAAGAAUGAGUCUGCCAUCAGAGACCUGAAGAUAAAACUAGUGGGUGCAGAGGAGGACUGUCAGCGUUCAAAGCAGCAGGUCUUAUCUCUGAGGAGAGAGAACAGCACUCUGGACACAGAGGUUCAUGAGAAGGAGCGUUUGGUGAGCCAGCUGCAGAUGAGAGUGGCUGUUCUGGAACAGCAGAUCAAAGACAAGGAUCAGCUGAUGGGCCGCACAAAAGAGGUCCUGGAAGCCACUCAGCAGCAGAAGGAAUCAGUGGAAGAAAAUGCUGAAAGUAAAGAACUUCAGAUUAGAAAACUUGAAGCAACGGUAAAAUCACUGUCUGAGGAGCUGAUAAAGGCUAAUGGUAUCAUUCAGAAGCUGCGAGGGGAGGUCCGAGGCCUAGUUGGAAAAAUAAAAGUAAAAAACACUGUGACUGUGUCGCAGGAGAAGGUCCUCCAGGAAACAUCAGAAAAACUACAGAAUGUUGAAAAGGAUCUACAGAGAGCCAAGCAGCAGCUCAUCACCAAGGAUGAGCAGGUUUCAAAACUGAAGGAGCAGUUGGAGACGACAGUACAGAAGCUAAAUGACAGCAGGGAGGUGUUAAAAACAAAUGAGAAUGUUAUAAGUUGGCUCAACAAGCAGCUGAAUGAAAAGCAGCUGUCCAGAAAGCCACAGUCUCCUGAAUGUUUGGAGAAUCCUUCAGUUUUAUCUGCAACAACAGGACUGAGGGCACAGUUUUAUCCUCAGACGGGCAAACCUGCUGUGUCCCUUGUAGCAGCUGCUGAUGUCACUGCUGCUGACCAGCGAGCAGUGCAGUCAGCCAACAGACAGACUGGAGACUCUGCAGUUCUGGAUUCUAAGUACUUUGAGAGGAGAGAUGAUAGUAUCCCAAUCUACGGACUGUCGUCUAAUCUGCUUCACAGAGAGCUCCCUCAACGAACUAAGCCCUCUGUAGCCUCUGCUUACUUCUCUGCUUGACGCAGAAGCAGCCAAAUGUAAGGACCGGCGUACAGAUUGAGCUUCAUUUCAGCUCCAAGUGGAUGAAGGAGCAUUUAAACCUCACCAUCUACUUUGUCUGCAACUCCAGUCCAAAACUGUUACUGACCUGCUGUGUUAAAUGAAGUAGCUAAUGUUGCUAUCUUAAUUUACUCUACAUGUCUGUCUUUUAAUUUGUGGUACAAGUAAAUGCUGUUAAAACUUUAUGUAUGGUGGAUUCCCAUGAUCAUGGAGUAUGUGUUAAUGUCUUCAAAUUAAAUGUAUUUUUUCCUAAUACAGUAUAUUAGGUUUGACACCCCCAGUGUUGAUAUUGUGAUGUUGUUUUCUGUUGUAUUUUAGUGUGUAUUCAAUGUGUAGUCUUUAAUAAACAGCUUUUCAAUCCUUA